AUGUCUAUUAUACCAUAUAAUCCUAAAAAUAAUGAUGUUUUAUAUCAUAAUCCUAAUGAAGGAAUAUUAAUACUUCAUGAUACUCAAGAAAAUUCAAUUCAAUUACUUUCAACAUUAGAAAAUUCAAAACAACAUCGUCCCGAAUCAUCCAGUACAACUACCACUACUCCCAAUAUAAAAUCAAAUUUUGAUAAAGAUGGAAGAUAUUCAAAUUUUCAAGAUAAUGGAGGUACAAAAAAAUGUCCAAGUUGUGGAUUUGUUUGGAAUGAAUAUGAAAGAAAUUCAAAUUCAAGAAGAUCAAGUACAACUUCUGGAUUUAAUUUACGUCAACCACCACCAAUAGGAAUUGAAUCAAAUACUUUUAUGCAUAAUGAUUAUUUUAAAUUAUUAGCUCAAAUACCUUUUAAUCAGAAUAAUAAUAAUAAGAACAAUAAAAAAUCAAGUACAAAUGCGAAUAAUAGUAUACCUAGUGGAGUCUUUAAUCAAGGAUAUUUUAAAAGAUUUUUUAGAAAAGUUGAUUCAAAUCCAUUAGGUUCUGGAGCUCAUGCACAAGUUUAUAAAGUAGAACAUAUUUUAAAUGAUAUAGUAUUAGGAACUUAUGCCGUAAAAAGAAUUAGUGUUGGAGAUAAAUAUGAAUUAUUAGAACAAGUUUUAAAUGAAGUUUUAAUAUUAUAUGAAUUAUCAGCAAAAAGUGCAAAUGAAAAUAAUUUAAUACGAUAUAAUCAUGUUUGGUUAGAAUUAGGUGAAUUGGAAGAUUCAAAUGCUUUUUUUUUACCUGAAUUAAAUUCAGGUGCUUCAAAUACAAAUGUAAAAUCAGAAAAAGUUCCUUAUAUGUUUAUAUUACAACAAUAUUGUGCAGGUGGUCAUUUAGAAGAUUUAAUAAAUAAAAAUUAUCAAAUUGAAGAAAAUAUGACUUAUAGUGAAAAAAUAAAAUUAGAAAAAUUAAAAAGAAAAAACAAAAGAAAUCAUCAAUCCAAUGAUACAGAAUCUCAAUGGUUAGAUAAUUUUGAAAUUUGGAAAUUUUUUCAUGAUAUUGCUAAUGGAGUUAAUUAUUUACACAAACAUGGAAUUUUACAUAGAGAUUUAAAACCAUCAAAUUGUUUAUUAGAUUUAAAGUAUAAUAAAUCUUCAUUAAAUUUUCCCUUGUAUUUUACAACAGUUGAAGAAUUUGAAACAAAAGUAUUUGAUUUACCUAAAAUCUUAGUUUCAGAUUUUGGAGAAGGGAAAUUUAUUGAUAAACAUAAAAAUUCUCAUAUUGGUAAUAAAUUAGAAGAAAGAGAAGGUAAUACAGGUACAUUAGAAUUUACAGCUCCUGAAUUAUGGAUUUGUAAUGAUGAUCCAAAAUUAGGUGGUAAAAAUUUUAUAAAUGAUUUUACUUAUGAAAGUGAUAUUUAUUCAUUAGGUUUAAUUCUUUGUUAUUUAUGUGUUGGAAAAUUACCUUUUACUGAUUUAAUAAAAGAUGAAAUUGAUCCAAAUAUUGCAAGAAAUAAUAUUUUAAAAUGGUAUGAAAAUUCAACUUUCUCAUCAUUUAGUGCAUGGUUUGAUAAAGUUAUCAUUUCAAAAGGAAGAAAAAUUGAUGAAUGUUUAAUCGAUUUUAAAAUUUUAAUUUGGAAAAUGUUAAAAGAAGAUCCAAAUAUUGAUGAUAAAUUCAAAGAUCAAGAAAGAUGUAAUUCUAAAGAAGUUUUAUUAUAUUUAAAUGAUAUGAAAUGGGAAAGAUUUGUUAAAUCGGAACCAAAAUCACGGCUUGAUGGCGGUGGUUUAUUUGAUAAACCUUCGAAUUUGCAAUCACUUAGAAAUGAUUUAGCACUAUAUAAACCAAACUAUAGUGGGAUUUCUAAACGAAAAUCUAUUGAAGAUCAAAUGGAACAAGAACAAAAUAAUGAAGAAGAAGAUGAAGAAGAGGAUAUAGAAUUUUCCAAAUUAAAUGAUACAGAUCAUUUCAAUUUAACUGAAGAAGAGUAUGAAUUUAAAUCAGAAUCAAAUCAUCAACCAUUAUUAUUAUUGAAUAAUGAUCAUCCUAACCCUAAAUCCAAUACCACAACUAAUAAAAAAAAGAAAGUAAAAUUUUCAAAAACUCAAUUUAAUUUAAAUCAAUUUCAAACAUUACCAUUUUAUAGUAUAGAAUUAAUAUUAUUAGAAUAUUUAUCAAUAUAUUCACCACAUUUUUCACAAAUUUUAUUAAAAAUUUUAAUUUAUUUUAUAAUUGGUAUUGAUUUAAUAUUAGUUGAAUAUAAAAUUAUAAGAACUGGAUUAUUUGUUUUUAUUUUUAUUACUUUUGCUAUUAUGUUGGGAUAUUCUAUUGGUGGUGGUUCUAAGAAUGUUUAUUAA